UUCAUGGUCAACAUGCUCUCCAGAAUGAGUUAGAAUGAAAAUUAGGCAUUUUCAUAUACACCUAUUCAUUCAGGUCAUCAUGUGUGGAAGAAUACACACGGCUCAUCCAUCUUAUGCAAUGCCUCAAAGCUAAAAUGUAGCUUACCUUUUCGAAUGCCUAUCAUUAUCCAACUCAAGGUAUAAUGAUUAUUUAUUUGAUAAAAGUACUUUACUUUAUCCAACUCAAUCAUCACAAGUGAUCACUACACUGCAAAAUCUUGUCUUAAAAUAAUCCAUCAAUGGUUUUGCUACCCAUCUUGUCGACCUGUUCUUCCAGCUCCAGCAUCAUGUGCGAUUUCUUCUUCUUACUCCCUAUUUUUCCCAGCCCAAUUCCCUUCACUCUUCUGCUCCAAGAUUUUUGCUUUAUGUCUUAACAUGAAGCAUAGUUCAAGGCAUCGACGUCAAACCGAGAGAAGUUGGGCUGAAAUAUUGUGUUUCGGUUGCACGUGCAUACAGCUUUUCUGGCCGCGCGUGGUGGUGCGCAAGUUGCUCAACAUCAGCGCCAAAGAUUCCGAUUACAGCGCCGAUACCGAAUCAGAUUUCGACUCUGAUAUCGAUCAAGCUGGCUUUGUGGAUGCCUGUAAGUGGCCACCGGAGUCGCGGUUUAAAGAUGUGAGAGGAGAUGAAGUUGGAAGUGAUGUGAACGAUACCGUUCUCGGGAUAAGAAGACGAAAGUCGGAGACAUGUAGGGCACAAUAUAUAAACACCAGGGAAAUUAAAGUAUGUGCUGGUACAUGGAAUGUAGGAGGCAAAGUUCCUCCAGAUGAUCUAGAUCUUGAUGAUUGGAUUGAUACUGGCAAUCCUUCUGAUAUUUAUGUGCUUGGAUUUCAGGAAAUCAUUCCAUUGAAUGCCGGUAAUAUAUUCGGGGCUGAAGAUAGCCGUCCUAUUCCAAAAUGGGAGAACAUCAUUCGAGAAACCCUCAAUAAAAUCCCACCUGUGAAUAAGUUCAAGUCCCAUAGUGACCCCCCUUCUCCAUCAAUGUUUAAGCCAUCUGAAAGUUUUUCUGACAUUGAAGAGGAAAUUGCACCAGAGUUGGACAAUGAUGAUGAUGAGGAAAAGAUUCCCUUGGAUGAAGAAUGUAAUGAGUUUGUUGAAGCCAGUGACUUAACUAUAACAGGGAAUGAUGCAGUUGCAAGUGCUAAUGUAUCUGCAUCCAGAGGUAGUCUUGAGUCCACAGAACCAGUCAGAGCUGGGGUUGAGCGGCUAUUGUCAUCUUCAAAGAGGCUGGAUAGAUUGAAUUGCUUUAGACUUGAAGGCUAUGAAGAAAAUUUAGAAGAAACUAGUAUUCAUCAUGCCAAGAAAUUAACCAAAACCCUUAGCGGAAUACAAAAGAUUGGCCUGAGUUGGCCAGAGCAGCAGCUAGAUUUUCUACCUCACUUUGCUUUAGAGAGACCGGGUUCCUUUAAAUCUACGAAAUCGCUUAAGGCGUCCAUGUCUUUUGGAGAAUAUUGUUCUCUCAUAUCAACCACACAUGGUCAAAAUAAAAUGCAACCUGAUGCAUCUUUACUUGCAAAGCUGGACCUCAAAUAUUUAAUAAAGCGUAAAAGAAAGACACCAUAUGUGAGGAUAAUAAGCAAGCAACUAGUUGGUAUUUUCUUAACUAUAUGGGUCCGUAGGAGUUUGCGGAAACAUAUACAGAAUUUGAGUGUUUCUACAGUUGGUGUAGGCGUAAUGGGCUACAUAGGCAACAAGGGAUCAAUAUCAGUUAGCAUGUCGAUAUACCAGACUCUCUUCUGUUUUGUAUGUACUCACUUAACAUCAGGUGACAAAGAUGGGGAUGCUGUCAAGAGACAUGCUGAUGUGAAUGAAAUUCACCGAAGGACACAUUUCAAUAGAUACUCUAGUGUUGGCCUUCCUAAAAGUAUAAAUGGCCAUGAGAGAAUAAUCUGGCUUGGGGAUUUAAAUUAUCGUAUUAAUUUAUCGUAUGAAAAGACACUGGGGCUAAUAUCCAAAAAAGACUGGCCUAAGUUAAUUGAGAGUGAUCAGCUGAUCAGAGAGUUCAAGAAAGGACGUGCUUUUGAUGGAUGGUCUGAAGGUAUUUUGAAUUUUCCACCUACAUACAAGUAUGAAAUAAACUCAGACAAGUACCACGGGGAGGACCCGAAACCUGGGAGGCGUACUCCAGCAUGGUGUGAUCGUAUUCUUUCAUCGGGGAAGGGAAUGCGCCUCCUGAGCUACAGGAGAUCUGAGAUUAGACUCUCUGACCACAGGCCGGUGGCAGCCACUUAUAUGGUAGAGGUUGAGAUAUUCUCAGCCAAGAAAUUGCAGCAGGCCCUUGCUUACACUAAUGCAGAAAUUGAAAACGAGGAGGUAGUAACGUCGGAUGUUGGAAUUGUGAACAGAAUGUGCCAAUUGAACACAGAAGAGGACGCUUUAUUGUGGAAGCGCUAAAGAGGGGAUAACUUUGGAAGAGGAAAAUAUAUCAGAAACUGAGGGACAUCCCACACUGUAUAGAUUAGUACUGCUGCUACUGCAUUUGCUCUUAGGAUAUAUGGUUUCUUUUUGUUUACAUUUUGACAGUACAAUAAAUUUUCUAGGCUUGAUCUUAAUAUUAUUUGUUUAAAAGAAACAACAGUUGUGUAUAGGUUUUCUCUUUGUCUUGCAUAUCAGAGAUACUCUUUCCUUGGCUCAAUCCCAAUUUUUUUGUUUAAAUAUGUCCGAUGAUUCCAGUUUUCUCUUUGAAUCCAACUUGUCGCAUGAUGAUUAUAUAGUUCAUAAGCACAUUAG